GGGUAGCCUAACCGCUAACGUCACUGGUCAUUAAGUUUUAUUUCUUGUGUUCUAUAAACGCUGUAAACAGCGUAUACUCAUUCAAGUUUUUCAAACAGUUUUAUAUUCAACAUGCCGAAAUAUUAUUGUGACUAUUGCGAUACAUAUUUGACGCACGAUUCGCCAAGUGUUAGGAAGACACAUUGUACUGGAAGAAAACAUAAAGACAAUGUAAAAUUUUAUUAUCAAAAAUGGAUGGAAGAACAAGCACAACAUCUUAUUGAUGCUACAACAGCCGCUUUCAAAGCUGGCAAAAUAGCUCAAAAUCCAUUUACCGCUGGUCCCCCUAAGCCUAACGUAGCUAUUCCGCCGCCAACGUUAGGAAUGCCAACUCGACCAGGUAUGAUACCAACUAUGCCAGCAGGAGCACCGCCUUUAAUAAUGGGACCAAAUGGAGCACCUUUAGGACCAGCUAUGGGACCAAUGGGAAUGCGGCCACCCAUGAUGAUGCCGAUGGGUAUGCCUCCUAUGGGAAUGGGAAUGCGUCCUCCUAUGAUGAAUGCACCUCCACCACAGAUGAACCAAAAGACAUAAGUUUGACAUGGAAUAUUUGCAUUUAGGCUGUGAACCAUUUCGCGAAAUUUUUAACUUUUUAGAUAAAAUUUGACAGUUCGAGAGUUAUUUCACCUUCUUUUUUCCCUUUUGGCAUGACCAUAGGUGAUCCAUAAAAUUAUAUCACCUUUUGUCGAAAAUAACUCCACUGAAGCAUGGUUAUUUUUGACAGUUCGAUGGUUAUUCUGUGAGCCAAUGAGAUAUUCACAGGAGGAAGAGAACUUCGAUGUCUUACUAAUUUUUUGUUGCAUUUUUUACCAAUGUAUGGAUGCUUAUCGUAUAACAAAUUUGUCCAACCCGAGUUGAAAUAAUGUCGUUUUCGUUUUUGCGGUGUAGCUACACCGAGGCUACACCGGUGUAGCUUUUUUGCACCAAAACUGUUCGCUUUCGAUUUUUGUACUACACCAUUGCUACACUUUUUCUGCACUAGCUACACCAGAAAAAAAGAGGGUGUAGCUGGUGCAGAUAGGAAAACACUAACACACCCAUACCACAUCACUGCUGCUGCACCGCAAGUGUUCGUUUAUCCAGCGAAAAGUGUAACACCAAACGGUGUAGCUGCACCACAAAAACGAAAACGACAUAUAGUAGAGUAGAUUAAUUUUAUCUAUCAAAUAGGAGCAAAUGAACACCAAAAAUUUAUCCAAUUCCAACCCGGAGUGAAUAAACAAAUUUGCUGUUUCAGAAACAUACCUUUAUCCUUACCUUAUACAGCAAAGUUUCGUUAAUUGGUGGUUCGUUAAUUGGGUGUUCGCUAAUUGGGCUAUGUGACAACUUGAAUGUCAAAAUUGUAUGGAAUUUUCGAGUUUAGAAAUUUCUAACAACUGUC